UUCCUGUUCCCUCUGCUCUCCUCUUCUGGUGUAAUUUGUAUGAACCAUUUUCUUAUAAACUUUCAAAUUGGUAUUUUCUCUGGCACCCCUUUUUAAUUCCCCUGAUAAAGUUGAGUUCAGAACCAGCUGCUUUCUUUCAUAUGAUCACAGCUCCGAGAAUCGACUUGGGAACAGAGAAAUGGAAACUUCAAGAAGAGCCCUGGCCUUGUUUCUCACAAUGAGUUUGGCUUGUUUGGUUCUUAGUAUCGAUCCUCAUUUGCAUGGAAAAAACACUUUCCCAAUAGAAACUCGAUUCUUGGAACAAAAUUACCUCGAUCAAAUGCGGCAAAUGCAAGGUUUCAAGGCUUCUUUCUUGCAGCGUGAUUCAUUAAUAUCUUCUCCUUCACCAGCACCAGCACCGGCACCAUAUAUAUCAGCUCCAGCCCCUCUAGUUACGCCGAGGCCAAAUGUAUACAAUGUUACAUCAUAUGGGGCAGACCCAACAGGAAAAACAGACAGUACAGAUGCAAUUCUGAGAGCAAUAUCUGAUGCACUUCAAGGUCCAAGUAAUGGGUUCUUGAUUACCGGGAUUGUUAAUCUUGGUGGUGCACAGAUUAGCCUUGAAGGCGGGAAUUACUUGAUUAGCCGCCCUCUACAGCUGUUGGCCGGCCGGGGUAAUCUCGUGAUACAUGGAGGAACAUUGAAGGCAUCAGAUACUUUCCCAGGUGACAGAUAUUUGAUUGAAUUAUCAGCAACCAACAAAAAUGGUGCAUUCAACCAUGAAUUUGUAACUCUGAGAGAUCUAUUGCUGGAUUCUAGCUUCCGGGGUGGAGGCAUUCAAGUUGUGAACUCACUUAGGACAAGCAUUGACAAUUGCUACAUAACACAUUUCACCACAUAUGGUAUUUUAGUACAAGAUGGUCAUGAAACCUAUAUCAGGAAUUGCUAUCUUGGGCAACGCAUUACUGCUGGUGGUGAUCCUAAGGAAAGAGAUUUCUCAGGCACAGGAAUUGCCCUGAUGGGAAAUGACAAUGCUGUCACAGAUGUGGUAAUCUUUUCUGCUGCAACUGGAAUUAUGAUUUCAGGCCAAGCCAACACAAUCUCUGGGGUACAUUGCUAUAAUAAGGCCACCGGCUUUGGUGGCACCGGAAUUUACCUAAAAUUGCCAGGUUUAACACAAAUCAGGAUCGUGCAUUCUUACUUUGAUUUCACAGGGAUUGUAGCAGAGGACCCUGUUCAACUGGAUGUCGUGAAUUGCUUCUUUCUUGGUGAUGCGUUCGUUCUCCUGAAAUCGAUAAAUGGAUUAGUAAAAGGAGUGAACAUUGUGGACAACAUGUUUGCUGGCUCCGGUAAGGGGAUUGACAUUGUUCAAUUGGAUCAAAAGAAUGGCCCUUUUAAACAAAUUCAUCAUGUUGUUGUUGACCGGAAUAAUGUGGAGGGGAUGAACCUUAAGGCAACAGUAGCAAGAAGGGCUGUGCAAGGAAGUGGCACUUCUUGGACUGUGGAUUUCAACCCAAUUCUUCUGUUUCCUGAUUUUGUCAACUAUGUACAGUAUACCUUGAGCACAAGCGGCAGCUCCUUCCCUAACCAUGCUCUCAGAAAUGUAUCUAAAAACAAUGUUUUGAUUGAAUCGGAUGUCCCAGUACAAGCCACUGUUUUUGUCUUGGUGGAUCAAGGGCAAACACAUACAAGCUAAUUUGCCUUAGUUUUUUUUUUUUCAGCAGAUUCCUCAGCUCUUGCAUGAAGAGUUGUGAGUAGGGUUGAGGAAAUUAAGCAUUAAUUAAUCUAUUACAAGUGAAAUAGAUUGAGCUCUUUACCA